CAAACACAUUACAAUGUCUGUCCUUCAAUCAAUCAAAGAUCUGACAUUGGGUCCGCGCGCCAUUGAUCAUGCAACUGCAGACCUUGCAGCCAUUGAUACAAUUAAAGUGGGUGAAGAGGCAGCAAAACACUUCCUCUUCCAGCAUGGCUACCGGAAUCUGAAUCAUGGCUCCUUUGGAACCUACCCACGUGCAGUACGCACCACUCUCCGCUCCUUGCAAGAUGACGUUGAAGGCCAACCCGACUCUUUCAUUCGGUACACAUACCCUCGCAAACUCGAUGAGUCUCGAGAAACAGUCGCGGAAUACCUCAAUGCCCCGACCGAAACCAUCGUUUUCGUCCCCAAUGCCACGACAGGAGUCAAUAUCGUCUUGAGAAAUUUAUGCUACAACCCGGGAGAUGUCAUCAUCUACUUCUCGACCAUAUACGGAGCUUGCCACAAAACCAUCGAAUACCUUUCCGAGACAACACCAGUCACGAGCAGAGUAGUCGAAUUCACCUAUCCGAUCUCAGAUGCGGAAUUGAUUCAGAAAUUCCAGAGCACGAUUGAGGCUGUCAGAAAAGACGGAAAUAUUCCCAAGCUUGCAAUCUUCGACUCCAUUGUCAGCAUGCCCGGCGUUCUCCAUCCGUUCAUACAACUCACGAAAAUUUGUCGAGAAGAAAAAAUCUUCAGCUUAAUCGACGGAGCACACAGUAUAGGUCAAAUUCCCAUCGACCUCACAUCUCUCGACCCAGACUUCUACAUAUCGAACCUGCACAAAUGGCUCCAUGUACCCCGCGGCUGUGCAGUUUUCUACGUCCCCAUUCGGAACCAACACCUCAUGCGCAGCUCCCUCCCUACCUCUCACGGCUUCGUCCCUCGAACAUCGUCAGGUCUGAUUUCGCCUCUGCCACCCAGCAGUAAAAGCGCAUUCGUUACCCAAUUCGAAUUCACUGGGACGAUUGAUACGAGUCCCUAUCUAUGCGUGAAAACGGCAUUGGAGUGGCGGAGCAAAGUCACGUGGAAAGACAUGCGCGGCGAAGAGGCUAUUAUGAAAUACUAUCAACAUCUUGCUCGUUCAGCUGGUGAGAUCGUGUCUUCAAUACUGCACACUGAAGUGAUGGAGAAUGAAGACAGCACUCUUGGUAAUUGUGCUUUUUCGAAUGUUCGGUUACCGCUCGAUCUCAAAGAUGACGCUGGAGCGGAUUAUGCAACUGCUGUGGCCAUUGCGCAAUGGAUGAGCAAGGUACUGGUCGAGGAGUACAAUACUUUUCUGGCGAUAGUGGUCCAUGGUGGGAAGUGGUGGGUUCGGCUGUCCGCACAAGUCUAUCUAACUGAAGAGGACUUUCUAUGGGGAGGGCAUGUUCUCAAGGAGGUUUGCGAGAGGGUCAAGAACGGGAAAUGGAAGGGCGGCGAGGCACUGGAGGUUGAGACUUGAUCGCUCGUGGUAGUUCUCACAGUCGACACGAGAUUCGUCCAUUUCGUGAAUGCCACUUCAUACUCACUUCAAUGACGAUCUUCUUCCCGGCUGUGAGUUGUCUGCCAGACUUCCAGCGAGGAGGUCAUGCCGUGCAGGCGAAAACAGUUCGGGAAUCGGGUGAUGUCGCUGCUCGAGAGGCUGCUCAUUGGCUCAACCACGCGCGCAUAGAUAUUGGACGCGGCACGUCAAACUACUACAUCU